CAAGAAAUGAUAUGGAUUUACGCCACUUCAGCUAAGUCUGCAUUAUUCUCCAUAUAAGUAUCUAUCUGCUUUACUUAACAUCGUAUCAUAUACACUUCUCGUCACUUACAUAAUAUCUUAGUAUAUUAUUUAUGGUUUAUGCACAUAUGCUAUAAGUACAGACAGGCAAGAUGUCCGACAGAUGCGAGUUCGAUUACAAAGGGUGUGUUGAUAAAGCCAUAUGCCGUGUAGAGCAAGUACUAGAUGAUAUGAGCACUACUACUGAGGACGGUGGGAUUGGUAGAGAUCCAGAGUUGCUGGCUGGCUCUAUUAUGUCGCUGAUGGAACUUGAUCAUCCUCAGCCCCUUCAGGACCGCUGUGCUUGGAUCGAGGCAUGCGCCCAUAUACUCACCCACAACGCCAGUGCUAAACAAAUGGUUGCUGAGUGCGCGUUUGAACUCCUGACUCCGCUGGUGGCGUUCGCCUGCGAUCUGGUCGAGAGGCUGUCCGAUGGAUUGCCCAGUGAUGCCUCUCCUCAAGAGUCUAAGGUGGGUGGCAUGUGGAGUCAGAAUGCCAACAGAAGAGGAGUAUGGAUAUCUUGCUGUGAAGUGUAUUUAAUUCACAGUCGCAAAGUCAGGGCUCCGAAGUUCGGACUCUGAGUCAACAGACACCUGCACAUCACACCCUAGAUGUCUACAAGCGGCGUGCUACCUUCGCCGUGAAUGGGUUGGUGCGUGCGUUAGGCGUGUGUGGCUCCCCUUCGGAAGUGCUGCUGGCUGCUUCAGAACAAUUAGAACGGGUGCAAUAUCUGAUCUCUAUUGUGAUGGAAGACCUGGACGAAAUAGACUACCAGAGCGAAUUCGAAGCGAGCGAUGAUGAUGAGAUUGAGAGUGGCCGAGAACAAGAGGCAAAGAGAAUCAUCAAUGAAACUCUGUGCACACGGCGGCUAUUAGGCGACAGUCUGAUGGCUGCCCUAUUCUCAGCGUAUCUGCGCAUGCGGCCCAAACAGACAUGCGCCAAUACCGUGGAGGUAACCAAGAUCGCCAAGGGCUGGGUUGAGUUUGUUGUUGUGAUUGAGCUUCCAAGUUUUGGGGCAGAUACCAAUGACGCUACCGGCGAGCGUAUUGUAUACGUUGAUGCGUCUGUCGGGAUUGAUAGACACGGAGGCGAGGGUGUUGCUGCAGUAUCAUCGGAAAGCAAUAGAACCAGACAUGUCAUGGAAACUGCAAGAAAUGAUAACGGCCACUCCAUACUCGAUGCGAGACCCUUUGAGAGGGGCACCGACCAUAAGGCAACUGACGAAAGCGGUAUCCAUAGUGAGCAUUUGCGAGAACAAGACAGCGGGGAAGGAAGUGGGCAAGGGGGUUGGAGCGAUUUCUUACCCACCGUUGUGCACGUGGGGGAUAUAUGUGAGCGCUGGGUGGCUCGUGAGCUUGAACUAUAUACCGCUGCCGCCGACAAAAAGAUACUGUCGAGUCUACAGGAAGCUUCGGAGCACAUGUGGGGAUGGUUUACUGAUGUCGUGGCCCUGGCGUGUCGCAUGUAUACCCUCCAGUCCACGCAGCAAUCUAUGGACAAAGACAUUACAAACCAACGCCCCAGCGAGCACAUUUUGUUCAGAAUUGCAAAGCAGAUACUAAGACAUGAAGAAGGUUCUGCGAGGAAGGCCUGCACGAGUGACGUGGGACCGUUGGGUAUAUUUGCUGAGAGUUCGACAGCACCGUCGGUGUCAGAAAGUAAGGCGUAUGUGCAAUACGUAUACCGAUGCUUCAAGCCCAGAAUUGAGUGUGCGGCAGGGGCGUCAACUUCUCAGACUCAGAGUGGCACACCAGAUCAUGAAGACUCCCGCGGUAUGUGUGUUGAUUCUGGCAGUUCUGGUAUUUCUACUGAAUAUGAGAGAAUAGACAAUCAGGAAGAAAAGACGGGCGCCUUACAUUCCACUUCUGCAGAGGAAUAUACAGAGAGGCGAGGCAGUGAGUCAUCAAGUGUGGAGAGGUGUCUAGAAAAGGACGCUGAUCGACCGGGAUCUGAUACGACGGCAUCUGCUGUAGUGGAGUGCAUGGCCUAUGUGCGGGCCAUACUGGCGGCUCCGUCCGAGCUGUCGUUGCAUGUUACUAUCCAUUUUCUCCAGACGUGCGUGAAUACAAACCGAGCGAGUAGUGGAGGCGCAAUCCGUAUGCAGUACACGACCGCAACGAGCGCAGGCAAAGCUGGGCCAGACAACGCACCUCAGAUUGUGUGUGAUGAACAGAAAACGAUUGGUAUCGAACUAGGUGAGGACGUAUCGCGUGAGGCUGUAUCUGAUACGCGAGUACCACGUGGCAACUAUGAGUGUAGACGAGUACAGCUGGGUGAGUUUCAUAGUAAGAAGCAGCGAGCCUUGGUGGAGGACACAGUGUUUGUCGGUGAUAUGAUGCUGGAGAGUGCUGCCAGGUGCAGCGAUGCGACUACACGGGGCUCUGUGGUACAAUUAGUGAAGGAUAUGCUGAAUGAGAUCGAUGCUGAUACCCGAACUCGUGUAUUCUGGAGCGGGUUGGAAGGGAACAUGGGCAAGAUCGAGGGUCUGACCUGCGCAGCCACAAGGCUUAACCAAGGGAGCGGCGACAAUGAUGGUGGGCGGAAGGACGAUUGCGAUGAAGUGGAGACAACUGGUCUACAGAUAGCAACUGCGGGGAUCAAGGAUAAGCUGGGUGGGUUCUAUUUAGCGCAAUGGAAGGAAUGUAUUCUUGGUUGUGGCGGUGAUAAGAUCGAUAAUAUACAGACGCCUGCGGUCGAUCUUUUGCAUCUGACGUACAUCCAGCAAAUGUGCAGUAGAGUCUUACUUUUAAACUUUAAGUCACACGUGGAUGUGUUCGAUUCGGAAGCAGCAGCUAACAGUGGUGAGCGCAGAAUAUCUGAUGCAAGUAUCAGUGCAACUGAGAUCUCGUAUCGUUACGAAAGUACUUCGAUUCUUUUAAAUCUGAUUGCUUCAUUCUGCCUGGCUAUGCAGAAAGAACGCCCAAUAGCUACAUUCACACAAAAACAACCAUAUGAUAUCGAGAAGGGUUCACGACUGCGUCUUUUGCAUACAGCACUGAUAAAAUUAGAAGAGGCUGUGCAAGGAGCCGAUAACAUCGAUUUGAACGUAAAUGGUGGUAAGACAACCGAUGAGAUGCAUCUGAAGAGCUUCGAAUAUUUACUGCUGCUGGAAAGUGUGGGUAGAACGAAGAAGCACGUUCUCAGUUGCCUAUAAGUUGAUACAAAUUAUAACGGUGUAUCCCGCUUCCUAUAUUAAAUUUGUCG